CCACAUUUAAAUUAAUUGUGAUUCAUUGAUUUCGUGACUAAUUCAAUUUAAAGUCUAAUUAUCUCGCUGUUAAUUAAUUGUUUAGUUUCAAAGGUUAAAACUACUUCUGAUCUUAUCUUUUCUCGACAAACAAUGAGUAUUAAUUGUUUACCUCCUGAAUGUUUACUGGUCAUCUUCAAUUUCCUUGACCAAUUGGAUGAUCUGAGACAUUGUGCUUCUGUUUGCUCCAAGUGGAAGUUAUUGAUUUUAGAUCGAUGUUCCAAAGUUGAAUAUUUACUCGAAAAUCCAUUUACCGAUUCACCAGAUAAUAUUGUUUACAUUGGUCCUUCACCUAAAUUGGAAAAUCUAGAAUUAGCUCAACUCUUUCCUAGACUAAAGAUUUUGGAUACUUCUUAUACUGGAUUAGCUAACUGGGAAAAUGCAACCAAAAGAGUCAAAUCAAUUAAAGGGCUAAUUAACCACACCUUAGAUAAAAAUCAAUCACCAAUAUACUUUCUCAACGAUCUUGAAAUGGUAUCAACGGAACUUGUUGAUUUUUUCGUUGUAAAUCAACAUAUAACUAGGCAACUAAAACAAGUUUUCAUUCAGAAUGUUAAUUUAGUUAAAAUGAAUGGGGUGACGUCUAAGUUUUAUAACCUUCGUAGACUUCAUAUUGUAGACAAAAACUGUUUCCAGAAGCUCUAUAAAGGAUCCAAGUUACAUAAGCUCAAAAUAUUGGAAUUUGAUUUCGAGUCCAUGGCCGGAGUUCUUGUUUACCCCGGAUUUUGUUUCAUUGAUUUCUGCCCAAAUCUGGAAAGUGCCUUUUUCCAUGUUGAAUCAACUUACUGCCAAUUCAAUACAGCAAUUAAAAUUAAUUGUUUGAGAGAUCUUGUCAUAGAAUAUCAAAAUGAUAAUCCAAGGGAGUGGUCACCUUUCUUUAGAUCAGGAGGAAAUGCUCAGAAAUGGGAAACAUUGAAAUGUGUCCUGUCUAAAUUUCCUAAUUUAAAACAUCUCGCUUUAAGGAAUAAUCUGAAAAUCCGUGAUGAAGAUAUUGAAGAACUACUGGAAUUGCUACCUAAUUUGGUUCUACUGGAUGUGAGAGGAUCAAUUGAAAUUACCCACAAAUCUCUUGUUUAUAUUAAUCAACACUGUCAACGGAAUAAAAAGUUAAUCACUUUCUAUUUUGACACUGAUAUGCAAGCGCAAAUGGAUUGGCCUAAAUUAUCAGUUACUGGUCCGGAUAUUUGCCAUGGAUUUGACUUCAUGAAAAACUGUUUCUUCAAACCAUUCCGGUGUCUUCCUCUUCUCAUGGAGAGCACAAAAGAAUAUUGAAUUUUCAAUCAAUGAUAAAUCAAGAAUCACAUGAUUAACAGUCAACUGAUCAAUUACUAAUGAUGCUAAAAGUAAUCCGAGAAUCUCUGAAUUCCCAUGAAUUUGUUAAUUGACAUAAGCAAAGUUAUCUUCUUUUCUGAUGAAAAUUUCUAAUUUCUUUUUGUUUACAAUCAAAAAAAAAAUCAGAAAAUUUCCCAAGUGAAUUGUUUCCUGUUCUGAAUCUCUUGAAAUUUCACCAAUUAGAUGGAUAACAGACUUACCUACAUGUUAAUCCCAAUAGAUUUCAACAAAUCCACCAAGAUGAAGACCUUGACCUCUAAUAAUCUUCAAGUCUUUCUGAUAUUUCCAGAGACUCUAAUCAAUCAUCAUGUCCAUUUACUGUUGUUUAUUUUUCUCAUCAUUAAUAUUUUGGUUUAAACCAUAAACUCAACUCUUAAUCACUUAACCACAAUCAACUUUAAAUUAUCAUCCAGUAAACACCAAAUUCAUUUCUACUAUUAAUAUUUCAGCCCCAUUGAUAAAACAAAUUUGAUCGUUCCCACGAUUAACUCAUGUAUUAAUUAUCAUUCAAUUUCCGACCAAAACUCAUUUACUAAAUUUAAUCAUGUCAAUCAGAAUCAUAGAAAUCGAUCCACUUGAUCUUGGAAAUAAUUUCCAAUGUCAUUAGUAAAUUGUUGUUAUUCAAACUGAUCAAUGUUAAGUUUUUCGAUUUAACUAAUUUGAUUAGAUAAAUUAACGUUUAUUUAAGAUUAAAAAUUUUGAUUAGUUGAUUAGAUUGUCUGUUACAUUCACUCUGAGAAGGUCUUAAUUGUAAUUAUUAACAAAUGAUAAUACAAGUGAAAGAAACGUUGAUUGUAAUUGGCAGAAAAUGAGUUAAUUAAACUGUCAAGGAACGUGAUUAGAAUCAGAGUGAUUUAAAAACUAUAUUAAGGUGAUGGUAAUCAACCUUUACCCUUUGUUAAACUUCACAUUAAUCAUAAUUUAGUUUUUGAUUAAAUUGUUAAUCACAUUAACCAGAAUCAAUCAUUUUCCCCUUUGAUUGUUAUUAUUAUUAAAUAGUAACCAAGAGUUAAUUGGUUAUCAGGUAAAUUUAAAUACAAUCAAAUGAUUAGUUGAAUAAUUUUGUAAAUCAGUUGAUUAAUAUGCAAUUUAAUUUUGCUAAAUUAAUCUUGUUAAAUUGUGUAAAUAAUUGUUAUAUUAGUAAAACAAUCAACGGUGAAAUUUAAUCAAAUAAUUAUAAUUGUAAAGGUAAACACAAUUUAAACAUAAACAAGAUUAAAAAUGAAUCAAAAUGAAUUGUAAUUUAAAUUGUAAGGUAUUAAUAGUUGUAUGAUUACAUAAGCAAAUUAUUGAUUGUCACACAAUUAAAUUGUAAUUUCAUUCAAAUUAAAUUGUCAAACAUUAAAUGAGUAGUUAAACAAUCAAAUUAAACGUUCAUUUAAAUUCAACACAAUUUAACAACAAACAAUCUGAUUAACAAAACUGUGAAUGUUUAAUUUAGUUUUGCUUGUUUUUUACCUGGGAAAUUAUUAAUCAAAAUUACGUUUUUUUUAUGUUAAUUGUGAUUAAUAUAAACUCCACCUACAUUUGAACAGUUUAUGAGUAAUUUAAUUGUGAUGAGCAACUCAGUGAAUCAAAUUUAAUUCAGUUAAAUUCAAGACCAUUAUCAUUUGUUGGGUGAAAAUUGAUCAUCAAUCUAUUACGAAAAUCAGUUUAAACUUUGAAGUUGAUUAAGCAAUUGUACUUGGUGAACUUUAAUUGUAACAAUUAGCUGAAUAUAAAUUGUGAUUAACCACUGAUCUAAAUCCAUCGAUCUUAAUCAUUCAAUCAACAAUGUCACCAAAAAUGUCAAAGAUUAAUAUAUUUACUUGUUAUCUUUUAAUUACUUUUUUGAUUGUUGUCUCAUUUACUGAUCACCAUUCAUCAGCUCAAGUAAUGAGGAUCUGUGAAAAUGGCGACUGCCUCCAAUUGGCUCGAAGAACCUCAUUAUCGGGAAACGAUGAUCUCAAUGGCAUUUUCAAUUUAAUGAGAUACUUAAAACAAGGCAGAGUAAUUGGAAGUAAUUUCAAUUCACCUUUCAUUGGGAAACGGAGUGUAAUUAACACGGAUAAAGAAUGACAGAUAAGUUUGAACAAUUAACUAAUCAUAAAAAUUGAUUUUUCAUUCUAAUUUUCGUUUCUUUGGUUUAAUCAUAAUAUUAUUUGACAAUUAAAUCUUUAAAUUGAAUAACGAUGAAAAGUAACAAUUACUUAUCAAUAGUUGUGAUCAUUUCUCUUGCAAGUUAAUUGUUGUUUAGAUUUAUUUCCACUAAUUAAUUUUCUUUAUCAAACAAUUUAAUGACUCUAAUGAUUGAGAAAAUAAAAGAUCGUUGUAAUUGUAAAACAUUUAAAAUCUCUCGAAAAUUAAAUGAUUAAAACUUGA